AUGGCAACGACAACGACUACAUGGAUAACGACCGAUUCCAUAUCACACAAACAUCAUGACUUUGACUCAAGAAACGGUAUAUAUUUGAAGAGCAAGAAUUUACAGCCGCUACCAUUAACAGAAGACCGCGAAAGUAUAAGGAAAACAGUAUAUACGGAAACUGCAGAAAUUAAAUCGUCAACCCCCGAGCAAAUUUCGGAGCCUCUUCGGGUUGUUGAUCAGCUUGCCACAACACAAAAUGCGCUUCUUCUACAUGCUAUAAAGGAGAAAUAUACCCUUGUCACGGAUCAUGCGGUUCCGUCUAUACUUCACCAGGACGAGAUUCUGAUUGAAGUUUCGGCUAUUGGAUUGAAUCCAAUCGACUGGAAAGCACCUGCAUUUAAUUUUGGCAUCCCUAGUUUACCCUGGGUUUUUGGUCGCGAUUUGGCUGGCAAAGUCAUCAAAACCUCCUCUUCAUCUUCUCGCCUUCAGAUUGGCGACCUUGUCCUCGUCCCCUCAACAGAUUAUCGCGACAUUCGCAAAGCCGCCUUUCAAGAAUACGCAGUAACUACGCACUAUAACGCGGCUAAGAUUCCGUCAACAACUUCGUUACACAGUGGAGCAUCUAUAGGCGUUGCCUAUGUAGCGGCUGCGCUGGCAUUGGGUGUUUCGUUUGGCUUGGACUUUGGACUUGCGCAGAGGGUGCCAGGACCGGAUUUGAGGACUAUAUUGAAGGGUGUGAAUGCGCAGGAUAUUCCUGAAGAUGUUCGACCGGAAUGUCUUCCUUCGUCGGAAGCGGGAGCUGAACGAGUGCAGAGGGGGGAUUGGAUAGCUAUAUGGGGAGCAUCAACAACCACAGGCUACAUAACCUUACAGAUCGCAAAACUCUGCGGUCUCAAAGUUAUAUGCAUUGCAGAUAUCGCUCGACAUGGACAAAGGCUUCAUGCUCUCGGCGCAGAUAUCCUGGUGGACCGACACGACACCGAUCGCGCGGUGGAUAUAAUUCGGGGCGUCACAAACGGUCAAUUACGAUUUGGAAUCGACAUCGUCGGACGCGAAACAGCAACUAUUCUCGAAAAGGCACUUUCUCAACCUACAGAAGGAGGAAACAACGAGCCAAGAUCCCAUUUAUUAGGUCUUACCGGCUCGCCAAAGGAGAAAAAAGUGGGAAUAAUCUAUCAUACUGUGCCUAUUAAGAUAUUCCAUGAGUCACCGCAAGUGGGUGAAGGGUUGGUACUAUGGUUGGAGGAUUUGUUGGGGUCUAAAGCGUUGAUACCUCCGGAGGUCGUUAUCAGAGACGAAGGUGGAUUGAGCGGGGUUAAUGAUGCAUUAGAUUUGUUGAGGAGUGGUGAGGUGAGUGGGAAACGAAUCGUGGUUGAUUUGAAAAAGGGCGAUAUCAAAGACAGUCCUAUCUAA